AUGAUUGCAAAAUUUUGUAGACGUGUUUUAAUACGGGACAAAAAUUUGCUGCAAAAAGUUUGGCAUCCGGAUAUAUAUUUUGCAAAUACACGAACUGCCGAUUUUCAUGGUGUAACACAGCCAAAUUUUUUGAUGUGGAUACAACAAGAUGGAUCUAUACUUUAUGAAACUAGGAUAUCGAUGGUGGUUAUGUGUAUGAUGGAUUUAGCUAAAUGGCCUUUGGACAGUCAACGAUGCAACCUAAGGAUUCUGAGCUAUGCCUAUGAUCAAGAUCAGUUGUUGAUUUCUUGGAUUCCGGUUCAUCCAAUUACCAGAAAUAUGGCAAUUACAAUGUCUGAUAUGCAAAUCACUGAUAUGAAACCAGGAUUUUGCAACGGAAGCUAUGCUACCGGAAUCUGGAGUUGUGUUACAGCAGAAUUUUUUGUAAAACGUGAAGUAACACAUCAUUUGUUGCAAAGUUAUGUACCAACAACGUUGAUCGUUGUUAUAUCGUGGUUUUCAUUUUGGCUUGAUGUUGAAGCAGUACCAGCUCGAGUAUCUUUAGCGAUAACAACACUACUGACCUUGUCAACGCAGUCAAAUGCUGCUCGAAUGGCUCUUCCGGAAGUGUCGUAUAUGAAAGCAAUAGACGUUUGGAUGGGUACAUGUAUGAUAUUUGUAUUUGGUGUUAUGAUCGAAUUCACUAUUGUAAAUUACGCUCAAAGACUGUGUAUGAUUUCAAUAUUCUUCAAUAAGUAUUCAAAAUUUUUUAUCAAAUACAGCAGCAUUCAUUUCUGUUUCUAA